CCCUCACCCAGACUGCCCGUUGUCAUCCCCCCUCGCUCGUCAUCUCACCUAUUCUCUUCGUUACUUCUGCAGCCUGAUGCAUCUACAAUACGGGAGUCCGUGAUGACCGACACUGCCGCUGUCUCUGGUCGAUUGGCAGCCGACAGUCGACCUGGCAGUCGGAAGAGCACAACUCGGGCAGUGCAGGCGCCAGCUGAGCGACCCGGUCCAGCCGAGCGCGACCUGGGAGAGAGGCAGACACGGGCGCCGCCAGCCAGCCAGCCAGCCAUCUGAGGCAAGAGGCUUGGCUAUUGAAGAGUCAAGACACGCGCCAUCGUGGCACCUCUGCGGCGCAGGGCAGGUUUUACCUUCGGCCGUGGCUUGCUGCCCUG